AUGACUGGAUCCACAUGGCGUUCGUAUGACUCAGCCGCAGGUGGUCGUGAGCACGUCGAUGUGAAUGGAAUUCAUUAUCGCUCAGACCCGUUGCAAGGCAAGGCAGAAUCUGGAUAUGACUCAGACUACGGUCGGAGGUACCUAAUCGGUCGCGUUCCUCAAGAAGACCAAAUAUUGUACCAUACGGAAAGAUAUCACACGAGCAGUUUCGAAUACCAGCUUUCGGUACCUGACGACGGAGACUACGUAUUGGUGCUGAAAUUCAGCGAGGUGUACUUUGACGCUCCAAACAAGAAGGUGUUCAGCGUGGCGGUCAACGAUCAUGUUGUCAUCAACGAUUUGGACAUACACUCACGAGUCGGCCGUGCAGUCGCCUAUGACGAACACAUCCCAUUCAGAAUCGAAGGCAGUACCAUACGAAUCCUGGACGAGGUUUCCGACUACGACGGCGUGCUUACCGUGCGCUUCAUAAAGGGCGAUUAUGAUAAUCCGAAAGUGAAUGCCAUGUACGUAAUGCAAGGCGAACUUAAAGAUGUACCCGCAUUGCCUCCGUUAGAAGAACUGGAAGAAACGCUUCCUGACGCUCCGGAACAAAUCGAACUGUCGGCAGAUAACUUGAAGUGGGCCAGCGGUCCGAAACAGACCAAUCCAUACACGCAACAGGAUCAAAGCCAGAUGUUCUUGCCGAUUUUGAUUGCUCUCGCUUGUUUUUUUCCAGUACUGUUUUGUCUUUGCCGGCUGUGA